GGCAGCAGAGAGAGAGCGAGAGAGAGAGAGGCCGACACCUAGUAGGCAGUAGAAGAACAGUGAGGUGGGUGGACAGCCGGCUCUCAAUGGGCAGGUCUCUGUGAAGCGCAGCCUACCUGUUGGAGCUCUGAUCGUGGAUCUGCAGGACAAACCAACUGAUGCGCUUGCGGAUCCAUUGAACAGUCCAAACAUGUCUCCCAGCCUGCUGCUGCUGUGCGCUGCUGUUCUGGCUGUGUACCACGGGACGCGAACCUGCAGUGGAUUUAACAUAGAUGAACGCUUUCCUGUGAUCAAACAGGGGAAAACCAAAGGGAGCUUCUUUGGAUUCUCAGUAGCUCUGCAUGAACAGACGGAGGGCUCCAGAAAGUACCUGCUUCUUGCAGGAGCACCCAAAGAGAAAUCCGACUCUCUACGAAAUGUCAAUGAAACGGGUGCCGUCUACUCCUGUCCCAUCACAACAGAUACCACCGACUGCACCAGAAUGGACCUGGUCAGCACAACAAAUCCAUCUGAGAUGGUGGAGGGCAUGUGGCUGGGCGUGACGGUGGCCAGUCAGAGAGACCAGCCGGCGGGACGUGUGCUGGCAUGCGGGCAUCGCUAUGUGAAGAUCAGCCAAAGCGGCGCAGAGGAGCAGCGGCGGAUGAUUGGAAAGUGCUAUGUCAGGAGCAACGACCUGACCUUUGACCCCUUCGAUGACUGGCAGACUUACAGUUUUGAGGUCUGCAAUCCCAACCUCAACUUUGAGUUUGAGGGCUUGUGCAACAUGGGCAUCUCAGGCGGCAUGACAGCCACGGAUGUCUACAUCGGUGCCCCAGGCAGCUUCGUGUGGCAAGGAAAUGUUCAUGUAGCGUGGAGAGAUUCUGGAGACGACUCUAUAGGCCUUAUACACUCUAUAGACUUUGGACAGCAGAAAAGACGAUACAGUUACAUGGGUUACUCAGUUCUUGAGGAAAAGAAACUGCUGAGCAAAGUCUACGACACAGUGGUGACGGGGUCUCCCAGGGACGGGUCCAAGGGCUCUGUGAUGUUUGGGAUAAAGGCUGACAAAAUCAUUGAGCAGGGGCCCAUCAUUCCCGGGGAACAAGUGGGCUCGUACUUUGGGAGCAGCCUCGCUGUCACUGACCUCAACAAUGACGGAUGGAAUGACCUGAUCGUUGGCGCCCCAUUUUACUUUGACCGUAUGAAGGAUCAGGGAGGAGCGGUGUAUAUCUUCAUGAAUGAGGAUGGAUCGUUCCAAAACACUGCCAGCGUGGUGCUGAAGGGUCCCUCGGCCUCUGGAUUUGGCUUUGCAGUAGCUGCCAUUGGCGAUGUCAACCAAGACGGCUUCCAAGACUUUGCAGUGGGAGCUCCAUUCCACGACACAGGAAAGGUUUACAUAUGGAUGGGAAGUAAAAAGGGAAUCUCAGAGGAACCCAGUCAGGUGAUUGAGGGUAAGUCAGUGGGAAAUGGAGGAUUCCACACGUUCGGCUACUCCAUCAAUGGAGGGAUGGACAUGGAUGACAACAGUUACCCGGACAUCUUGGUUGGCUCUCUGGACGACCGCAUCGCCCUGCUCAGGGCUCGACCAGUCGUCCACUUAACAAAGAACUUCGAUGUACUGCCAGAGAUUGUGGACCCCAAUCUGUGUCCUGGAAGUACACCAUGCAUCACAGUGACUCUGUGCUUGUCUUUCACUCUGAGCAAUGGAAACAAAGACUUCAAGAAAAAUACCACGGUGAAUUACACGGUGGAGGCCGACGUGGAGAGGAGGAGAAGCCCUCGUGUUCGUUUUAAGGACAAUAAUGAUGACACGUACACCGGCCUCCUGAGCCUGCCAUCUUCCAAAUCAAACAGAAAGUGUCACACUCUUGAACUGAUUGUAGUGGAGCCUGUGAGGGACAAACUGGAGCCGGUGGUCUUUUCCCUCAACUUGUCCUUACAUGAACAGAAACCUAAAUCCAGACGUUCCCUGCAGAACCUGGACUCCUUCCCAAUCCUCAGCCAGGAGCAGAAACUCACUGAAAGAGCUGAGUUUAACUUUCAAAAGGAGUGUGGCUCAGACAACAAAUGUAGCAGCAACCUGCAGCUGACAGCCCAGUUUGUUGAUGAAAAGGAUAAGCCUUACCCCAGGUACGGCAAAUUCCAGAAGCUUCAGUUCAACAGCAAUAUGAAGAAAAUAAGGCUGAUUGUGGAGGUGACCAACUUUCCUUCUCGGGGGAAGGCUGGUGAAGACGCCCACCAGGCCAUGCUCAACGUCACCAUCCCUGACGCACUGAAAUACUCCAGCGUCAGGUCGGCGGACCCGGAUGUACAAUGCACUCCGGGCAACACAGUGAUUUGUGAGCUGGGGAAUCCACUUAAAGGCAAUGAAAAGGUGAAACUUUCCAUCAAGUUUGAGACCUCAGGGAUUGAUUUGAACACACAAGAGAUUGAGACCGAGCUGCUUCUGUCCACUCUUAGUGACCAGAGUGACCUGAAGCCUGUGCCUGUGGCCCUGAUGAUUGAAAACACCAUCCUCCCCUCCUUCUCCAUAGCAAAACCGUUGGUGCGAACACAAUUCAGUGGGACGGUGAUGGGCGAGUCAGCCAUGGUCAACACCAGUGACGUGGGCAGUCUGGUGGAAUUCACCUUCAAUGUAAAUAUGAGGGGGCAGCCUCUGGGAGACCUGGGGACCCUGGCUGUGGAGUUUGAGUGGCCCUUUGAGAUAACCAACGGCAAGUGGCUGCUGUACCUGACGAAGAUUGUUGUUGUUAAAGGGCAAUCAGAGGUGGAAUGUAACCCUCCUGGAGAAGUUGUCAACAUGCUUAACCUAACUUUGUCAGGGGGCGGACGAAAGCGCACUAAACGACAGGUCGUGAUGGAUGAUGCUGAUGUGACAAAGCCACAGGCUGUUGAGCCACAGGCAGCCAUCACACUGCUCACUUCUCGCAAAGAGUCCCACGUGUUGGAUUGUUCCAAGGGGACGGCACGAUGCGUGACAUUUACCUGUCCGCUGCUCAACAUGACGGAUUCAGCCAAGAUUUAUGUCCGGUCCCGUUUGUGGAACAGCACGAUGCUAGAGCACUAUUCCAACGCUCUGAGAAUUACAGUCAGAGGUCAAGCCACACUGAAGCUCAUUAAAGAGAAACCAACCAUCAGGAUGGACGAUCAGCACGCCUGGUUCACAGUAGAAAUAGAACCACUGGAGGGGGUGGAGGCACCCUAUGAGCUCCCGCUGUGGAUCAUCAUCUCUGCAGCUGUAGCGGGAAUUCUCCUACUGGGAAUAAUCAUUCUUAUACUAUGGAAGCUUGGAUUCUUCAAGCGAGCCAUCUACUACCGGAUAAUGCCAAAGCACCAGGGGGUGAAAAUUCGCAAGGCUGAGCGGUAUCAGUUCAAUCUGGGAUUUCAGCCUGAGGAGCCACAGAAAAAGUAUUGGAUCACCAACUGGACAGAGAUGCAGCAUUACUACUACUGAGGCCUUUACUUUUGGCCCUGAACCACUCACCCUCACACUGGUUUGACACGGGCCAAACAAAGAACAUUGGGCUCGGUCGAGCUACACGCAUGGACCAAUUGUGGAUAGUGCAUUCCAUUAUUUUGUUUUUUUUUACUUUAAGGUAGAUUUCAUCAACUUUUUCAGUGCAAUAUACUGAACAGUUUGUUUCAGAGAUUGUAUUUUUGAAGAAUGCAGGGUUUGAAUUGGGGUUGCAUUCAAGAGUAAAUUGUUAUGAUUACGGUGUUUGCAUUUUUUUUCUUUCUGAAUCCUCUUAGCAAAGUUGCUCGUCAUUCAUCAUGUUUAUUUCCGCCAUGUCUGUUUUCCUCUCUUAUCAGAGGAAUGAGUCUAUUGAUCUUCUAUGUUUUUCCUGCUCUGUCUCCAAGCAUCACUUUAUGGUCAGCGGUUGUAGGCCAUGUAAGGGUUUUAAACCUACAUCAGUCGUUUAGCAAAUCAUUUUCGAACUGCACUUACAAUAUUUGUCCCAGCAUCCACUAUGUUGUGAAUGUCCGUGUCAGUGUUUGGCAAGCAUUACGUAGACUAGCUGAUGAAAUGCAGUCACAGUUGUAGCACCGACCUCCAAAAAGUGCAAAAAGUGACUGUUUUUUAGGCUACGUAGAAAAAUUAUUUCCCUGAUUUCAGGGAAUAAAUACAGAGAGGUCCGGAGAAAAAUUGGUUAAUAAUACAUUUUAUAGACCAGCUUGUCAUGCUUUAAUAAAAUUCCAUGGCAAGAGUCAUACAAGCACCCCGCAACAAGUUAAAAAGCAAUAGCUUUUUGUCUAUAUGUAGAAUUAGCCAAUAUGUGUUGAUGAGAGCACACUUGAUUAUUAUUUAUUACACUGUCUUGUGUUAUUACAGUAAAGAACAUAUCUUUAAAAAAUAUCACAAACAGGGAGUCAUGACACUGGAGUAAAUAAUACAUGUUAUAUGUCUGGAGACUUUAAGCUCUGGCAUAGAUAGUCACGUUAUAAAUUGUACAUAGUAACAGGUUACCGUGAAUUGACUAUUUGAAUGAAUGCAUACGUCAUUGGCCGUUGUUGUUUCACUGUCCCUAUGCUUUGUAUUUUUGUAUAAGACAGUAAGCUGAUACUUGUUUUGGUGUCAGCUGGAUUGUUGGCUUGUUUCCAAGCCAUUGUGGCCCCUAUUGAGGUUAACCUGCAGCACUGUAAGUACUGGACCAGGAGAAGACAGUCACUGAACAGUCUUUGAUGGGACUCUAGUCCGUGUUACCUGAGAGCCCACAGGAUAUGACUGUGGCUGUUACAGAGACUCCAUUGAUUCUGUGACUAAAGAGAGAAGGGCUGAAACCAAUGCACAAACUCUAUUCUCUGUUGUGGUGUUGUUUUUUUUACGGUGUCAAUGUAAUUAAAUUGUUUUCAACAACCUUUUCAGUUUAA